UGUACUUGGUCAGUAGUUCUAUCGAAAAUGAUUCCUCGCUUAUCAGAACAGUUUAUCUUAUUCUCUAUGCUUUUACUUGUUCCUUUUUCUUGGGCUGAUAUACAGAACAACAAAAGUUCCUCGAGAUACCUGCGGCCAGUGUUACGGAAUUCCAGAAGUAAUAUAUGUCCGACACCUUAUUUUCCGCAUGGGCUCAUAAGAAUUCGAAUGCGUGGAAAGUUUAUGAUCUUCGAGUGUUUCGAUGGGUUUAGUUUAGUUGGAGAUAAGUACUUGCUCUGUAAGAAUGGUCGUUGGGAUUCUGCUGUUCCCAUCUGCGCUAAACCCGGGUGUGGAGUUCUGCCGGCAGUGGAGAAUGGAUUCAUCUUUUACGAAAAUACGGAUGCAGCCGCAACUGUGUACUGUAAUAGCGGAUAUCAAGUGUCGGGAUCUAUGUAUAGCUAUUGCGAUGGAUAUCGCUGGGAUCGACAGUUGGGUUACUGCCGGGAGACAGGAUUAACCGUGCAAACUAGUUGUGAUUUUGAAGUGGUAGACUGGUGUGGAUGGACGAACGAAGCAUCCCACGAGACAGGUUGGAAAAGAAGUGCCGGAGUGAUCUCCAAAAAAGUGCUGAAAACUGGACCUUCAUCUGAUCAUACAACCGGUGUACCGUUGAAUGGACAUUUUAUUAUGAUUGAUUCAAGUGAACAGUUUACGAAUGACUCAGCUUAUUUGUUCUCCCCUGUCUACACGAGUAACUACAGCAUGAACGCCUGUUUCCAGUUUUACUACCACAUGUUUGGUGAUUCGGUUGGAACACUUGCUGUGUACGUCAAACCACUGACUAUGACGUUGGAUGGUGUGAUAAGAAUGGGCGGGUAUUUUUCAGUGAACGGCAGCCAUGGAAACACAUGGAAUGAGGGAUUCUUCAAGCUUCAACCGCAAAAUGAAAGUUUCCAACUUGUUUUCGGAUCAUCGUUGGGGAUGCGCUUCAGAAGCGAUAUAGCAAUUGAUGAUGUUACAUUACUGAAUGAUGAACAGUGUCUAGGAACUACAGUAACGGAUGAAAACAUUCCCACAUUGGAUGGUAUGAUAUACAGAAUUGAUUCCUGUGAAUUUCGCUGUUGGGAUAAUGCUUCUGUUACUUUGGGAAAAUCCGAUCCAAGUGUAGUUAACUGUGACUGUUAUGAGGGAUGUGAAGAGACGAGUUCAUGCUGCCCUGACUUUGUGGAACGUUGCGUUUUUAAUUUGUUGAAAGAUAAUGAUAGGUACGAGUAUUCUGAAGACUCCAUCACUCCUAUUAAUCCGAUUACGACAUAUACGAGUGAAAAUAUUGAUGUCCACUUCGUUACGAGUAGAACAGAAAUAAUAGAAGCGACCACCAUCUAUUCGACUUUUUGUUAUCUAUUUGCUGGAUUAGUUAUGGUAAUUGGUGUCGCGAUAUGGAUUCAACGUGAACGUUUUUUGGCAAUUUUUUAUCAGGUUAGAAAGAAAAUGAUAGAAGAUGAGAAUGUAUACAGGAGCACUUUGGAGGAUAUGCAGUUUUUGGCAGUCAACGAGGAACUCAGUUGUACUAACGUUUCGGAAGAAUGUGAAAGUAUUCACGGUGAACAGUGGAGGAUUCCAACAAAUCAGAUUAUUUGUAAGGAAUAAAAUAAAAUAAGAAAUGUUUUUUAUUAUCUAGCUUACUAAUUCAUAUAGUACUACUCUGGACAGAAAUAUACAAC